UUUUCAUCAUCAAGAACCAGUUCAAUAUCCUAGUACACCGUAUUAAAGAAUUUAAGAUAUACUAUGAUGAGAGCGCGGUUCCCAUUACUGUUGCUGGGAGUUGUUUUCCUGGCAUCAGUUUCUGUCUCAUUUGGCAUUGCGUAUUGGGAAAAGCAGAACCCCAGUCACAACAAGUGCCUCCGAAGUUGCAAUAGCGAGAAAGACUCCUACAGGAACCAAGCAUGCCACGCUCGUUGCAACCUCCUUAAGGUGGAGGAAGAAGAAGAAUGCGAAGAAGGUCAAAUUCCACGACCACGACCACGACCACAACACCCGGAGAGGGAACGUCAGCAACACGGUGAGAAGGAGGAAGACGAAGGUGAGCAGCCACGUCCAUUCCCAUUCCCACGCCCACGCCAACCUCAUCAAGAGGAAGAGCACGAGCAGAAGGAGGAACACGAAUGGCAUCGCAAGGAGGAAAAACACGGAGGAAAGGGAAGUGAAGAGGAACAAGAUGAACGUGAACACCCACGCCCACACCAACCUCAUCAAAAGGAAGAGCAGAAGCAUGAGGAAAAGCACGAAUGGCAACACAAGCAGGAAAAGCACCAAGGAAAGGAAAGUGAAGAAGAAGAAGAAGACCAAGACGAGGAUGAGGAGCAAGACAAAGAGAGCCAAGAAAGUGAAGGUUCUGAGUCUCAAAGAGAACCACGAAGACAUAAGAAUAAGAACCCUUUUCACUUCAACUCUAAAAGGUUCCAAACUCUCUUCAAAAACCAAUAUGGCCACGUUCGCGUCCUCCAGAGGUUCAACAAACGCUCCCAACAGCUUCAGAAUCUCCGAGACUACCGCAUUUUGGAGUUCAACUCCAAACCCAACACCCUUCUUCUCCCCCACCAUGCUGACGCUGAUUACCUCAUCGUUAUCCUUAACGGGACUGCCAUUCUUACCUUGGUGAACAACGACGACCGAGACUCUUACAACCUUCAAUCUGGCGAUGCCCUAAGAGUCCCUGCAGGAACCACAUACUAUGUGGUUAACCCUGACAACGACGAGAAUCUCAGAAUGAUAACACUCGCCAUACCCGUUAACAAACCCGGUAGAUUUGAGAGUUUCUUCCUAUCUAGCACUCAAGCUCAACAGUCCUACUUGCAAGGGUUCAGCAAGAAUAUUCUAGAGGCCUCAUACGACACCAAAUUCGAGGAGAUAAACAAGGUUCUGUUUGGUAGAGAGGAGGGGCAGCAACAAGGCGAGGAGAGGCUGCAAGAGAGUGUGAUUGUGGAAAUCUCAAAGAAACAAAUUCGGGAACUGAGCAAACAUGCCAAAUCUAGUUCAAGGAAAACCAUUUCUUCUGAAGAUAAACCUUUCAACUUGAGAAGCCACGACCCCAUCUAUUCCAACAAGCUUGGCAAGUUGUUUGAGAUUACCCCAGAGAAAAACCCUCAGCUUCGGGACUUGGAUGUCUUCCUCAGUGUUGUGGAUAUGAACGAGGGAGCUCUUUUUCUGCCACACUUCAAUUCAAAGGCCAUAGUGGUACUAGUGAUUAAUGAAGGAGAAGCAAACAUUGAACUUGUUGGCAUUAAAGAACAACAACAGAGGCAGCAACAGGAAGAGCAACCUUUGGAAGUGCGGAAAUAUAGAGCUGAAUUGUCUGAACAAGAUAUAUUUGUAAUCCCAGCAGGUUAUCCAGUUGUGGUCAACGCUACCUCAGAUCUGAAUUUCUUUGCUUUUGGUAUCAAUGCCGAGAACAACCAGAGGAACUUCCUUGCAGGUUCGAAAGACAAUGUGAUAAGCCAGAUACCUAGUCAAGUGCAGGAGCUUGCGUUCCCUGGGUCUGCAAAAGAUAUUGAGAACCUAAUAAAGAGCCAAAGUGAGUCCUACUUUGUGGAUGCUCAGCCUCAGCAGAAAGAGGAGGGGAACAAGGGAAGAAAGGGUCCUUUGUCUUCAAUUUUGAGGGCUUUUUACUGAAUAAGUAUGUAGUACUAAAAUGUAUGCUGUAAUAGCUCAUAGUGAGCGAGGAAAGUAUCGGGCUAUUUAACUAUGACUUGAGCUCCAUCUAUGAAUAAAUAAAUCAGCAUAUGAUGCUUUUGUUUUGUGUA